CAUUGUUGCACUGCGAGGUUACCUCAGGCAUCUUCUCUCUAUAGAUCACGGCCAAUUCAUUUCAUCCUUCAUGGUUGAGUCCCCCAUCCCCUCCACUCGAUUCGCAUCCGACUGCCCUUAUCCCCACCCAAGCACGCAAUAACCUCCGAUCCACCAAAUCCGGCCCGACGUCAAAUCCCCGGAUCGGCCCUCUUUCUUCCUCUUCUUCUUUCUCUGUUGUCUCUGUGCCACUCUCCCCUCUUCUUUCUCUCCUCUCCUCCACCUGCUCUAUGUUCUCGGGCCACCGCACCCUCUCCACUGCCACGACCACCGCCACUCGGUUCCUGACUGCAUCCCCCGCAGCAACUCUACCCCGCCAUCCCUUCCGCGCCAUGUCGGCCACCACCCCUCGUCCCGACCCGUUUCGUCCGGCCGCCAGAGUCGCCGGCCAGCGACAGGAUGUCUGGUCCAUUGUGAAUGAAGCCGCCGCCGCCUCCCCCGUCCAGCCCAUCGUGAACAUGGGCCAGGGUUUCUUUGGCUACAACCCCCCGAAGUUCGCCUUGGACGCUGCCAAGGAAGCCCUCGAUCGCGUCGAAUGCAACCAAUACUCCCCGACCAAGGGACGUCCGCGCCUGAAGCAGGCCCUGGCCGAUGCCUACUCCCCUUUCUUCGGCCGGAGCCUCAACCCCGAUACCGAAGUCACGAUCACCACGGGCGCGAACGAAGGCAUGCUGAGCGCGUUCAUGGGAUUCAUCGAGCCCGGCGAUGAGGUGAUCAUCUUCGAGCCUUUCUUCGACCAGUACAUCAGCAACAUUGAGAUGCCCGGGGGUACCAUCCGCUACGUCCCUCUGCACCCUCCCAAGGACGGCGCCACGAGAACCUCCCCUGCCUCGGAGUGGACGAUAGACUUUGAGGAGCUGGAAAACACCAUCAACAGCAAGACCAAGAUGAUUGUCCUGAACUCACCCCACAACCCCGUCGGCAAGGUAUUCUCGCGGGCCGAGCUCGAGCGCAUCGGCGAGCUCUGCAUCAAGCACAACCUGAUCAUCCUGUCCGACGAAGUCUACGACCGCCUCUUCUACGUCCCCUUCACGCGCAUCGCCACCCUCUCCCCCGAGCUCUACGAGCGCACGCUGACCGUCGGGUCCGCGGGCAAGGCCUUCUACGCCACCGGCUGGCGCGUCGGCUACCUCAUCGGCCCGGAGCACCUGAUCAAGUACGUGGCGGGCGCGCACACGCGCAUCUGCUACAGCAGCGUGUCGCCCCUGCAGGAGGCGGUGGCCGUGGCUUUCGAGCAGGCGGACAAGGUCGGGUUCUGGGACGAGAGCCGGAACGAGAUGAAGGGAAAGAUGGAGCGUUUCUGUCAGGUGUUUGACGAGCUUAACAUUCCGUACUCCGACCCCGAGGGCGGCUACUUCGUCCUCGCUAACAUGGCGUCCGUCAAACUCCCCGCCGACUACCCCUUCCCGCCGCACGUGGCCAGCCGUCCGCGCGACUUCAAGCUGUGCUGGUUCUUGAUCCACGAGGUGGGCGUGGCGGCCAUCCCGCCGACGGAGUUCUACACGGACGCGAACGCCCACAUCGCGGAGGACUAUCUCCGGUUUGCCGUGUGCAAGAACGACGACGUGCUGGAGACGGCCAAGGAGAGACUGCGUGGGCUGAAGAAGUAUAUCAACUAGUGGACAUCAACUAGUGGGAUACCGAUUAGUUGGAGGGGGGUUACGGGAUGGUCAUAGAAUGGGUGAUAUGCCCUCAACGGCAUCGUCAGAUAGAGCUCGCCUGAAUAGAGGUAAUUCGAGAUGCUUUCUUCGUUAUCUUUCUCUCCCUUUCAUUCUGGUAUUGUACAUUAUCUGGCAGAUGAGAUUGAUGACAGGGUACCCCCUUUUAUCAUCCAUCCAAAUGUCUGUCCUGACGGAACACGUCUUCAAGACCCUUCCUUUCGCUUCCGUCAAGACCGGACACAAAAACCACCAAGCUCUUCAAACCUCACUCCGUUCAAUAGAACCU